AUGUCCUUUCUUCACACGCAUUCGAGCGAGUGUUUAAAGAGCGAACUCGAUCUCUUUUCUUUACCGCCCACACAAACUAGUAUCGAGAGUUCGCAAUGGAUUCAUUACAAACCCGUGACUUCGCUCUCGGACGAUUCCCCGAUAGAAUUCGUCAUCCCGGGUCACGGAGAAGAAUAUUUAGAUCUCACGCACACCAUGUUAAGUCUUCGCGUACGCGUAGAAACGUCGGGCAAUUCCACGGGGCAUACUUCGGGCGCAGCCGUCACGGCCACUAUAGGCCCCGUAAAUCAUUUACUUCAUUCCAUGUUCAAUCAGAUCGACGUGUAUUUCAAUCAAAUGCUCGUGUCGCCUCCAAACAACGCUUACGCGUACCGCGCGUACAUCGAGGCGUUAUUAAAUUAUUCUUCACCCGCAAAAACUUCCCAUCUAACCUCCUGUCUAUGGGACGCGGAUACACCCGGUCAAAUGGACGAACCGGUGGAAUCAAAAUCGCCAAAUUCCGCUCUCGUGAGACGCGCGCGUUACAUUCACGGCGGUCGAGCGCUAGAUCUUGUAGGGCAUCUCCAUUGCGACAUUUUCAGUCAAGAUAAAUUUUUAAUUAACGGUGUAGAAGUACGCUUAAGGCUCGUUCGUUCGAAAGAUUCGUUUUGUCUUAUGGACAGUAACGGUUGA